CAACUGAUAAGAAUUGCGUGAUGAAGGGUGAACAAGUGUUGAUAUAGUUGUCUACGUCAUUGAUUUCUACAUACGUGUCUCGCUUGAGGUUCGACAGCGAUUUACCGCUGAGGAGGAGGUAGUCGUUUAUGAGCUUCUUGUGCCUGUCGUAGCCCGAGAGAAAAAUGCUGUUCACCUCUCUCCGCCUGGUCUUUCCCACAAGAGCGGCCCCAAGCCCCCGGAGGUUCAGUGAUUUCGUUAGAAUCGUGGAGGUAGGCCCUCGGGACGGUCUCCAGAAUGAGAAAGCCCUUCUCCCCACGUCCACAAAAAUCUCCCUCAUCAACAAGCUCUCGGCCACUGGCCUAAAGACUAUCGAAGCCACGAGCUUUGUCUCCCCGAAGUGGAUCCCGCAGAUGCGGGACAAUUCCGAGGUCUUCACCGGGAUCACCAAAGCCCCAGGAGUUGCCUAUCCCGUGCUAGUACCAAACCUAAAGGGCCUCGACGCAGCAAUCGCGUCUGAAGUGCGAGAAAUCGCAGUCUUUGGAGCAGCUUCCGAGGCUUUCAGUAUGAAGAACAUCAACUGCUCCAUUGCUGAGAGCAUCGACCGCUUCAGAGGGGUCAUCAAGAGGGCUCUAGAGCACGGGGUUAGGGUCAGAGGGUACGUCUCCUGCAUCGCAGGGUGCCCUUACGAGGGGAAAACUGAACCCUCAAUGGUGGCAAGGGUUUCAGCUGCGAUGCUGGAGGCAGGAUGCUACGAGAUUUCCCUGGGAGACACCAUUGGCACUGGCACACCCAAGACAAUCAUCAACGUCCUCAAGGAGGUGAAAAGCACCUCGUUUUCUGGGGAUCUGAGGGAAUUCGCUCUUCACUGUCAUAAUACUUAUGGCCAGGCACUGGUUAAUGUCUUUGCAGGUCUAGAUCUGGGGGUGCGGGUGUUUGACUCGUCAGUUGGGGGUCUUGGAGGCUGUCCUUAUGCCGCUGGAGCCUCGGGGAACGUCCCCACUGAGGAUCUACUUUAUCUUCUUCAAGAAGAGGGACUCCAAACUGGGGUCGACCUGGAAAAGAUCGUCGACAUUGGGGAGUGGAUUAGCAAGGAGGUGGGAAGGGAGAACCAGUCUAAGGUUGGGGUGGCUCUCACCUCGAGGAAGAGGACGGAGGGAAACGGUUGAGGGCAGUCACUUCAAGAUUAUUUGUUUCAAAAGGCAUUUACUUACAGAGCUGAGCUCAACGCUCAUUAAAAAAUAUCAUUCAUCACUUACGGAGAUUUCCCGAUGAACACUCUUUUUUUCUUUAAAUAUUUUUGAAUAAUAUACACUUUUUAUAUGUAAACCUUGAA